CAAAGCAUCAUACAUGUCCAAGUUCACCAACGUGUUCCCUUUGGUUUGUGGCACUAAUUUCUACAAGCAGUGUGUUCCUGAUGACACAUGUGACAUUAUUGUUUCUACUUUCGCCACACACUACCUUAGUGAAGACAGUCAUGUGAGAUGUUCCAAUACAAUGUUCCCCUGGCGGUCAACAUCAGAAGAAGAGGUGCAAGCUCAUCACGAGGCUGCAGCACGUGACUGGCAGACGUUCCUCCUCCUCAGAGCAGCAGAACUCAAACAGGGUGGUCUUCUCUUUGUGUUAAUGCCGGCUAAAAGCACAGCCAAUGUCUCUUGUACACGAAAGGAAACUGCGAAGGACAUUUGGACUAAUUUUGAUUUGCUGUGGAACGAAUUCUACGCAAAGGGCUUAAUAACAAGAGAGGAGUUCCAGUCAUGCACUAUUGCGAUGGCACUUCGGACUUUACAGGAAAUAAAAGCUCCUUUCGAGAAUGCCAUUCUCCCAGUUCCACAAGCUGGUCUGAAUUUGUUGAAGGAACCUGAAGAGUUGAUCACCUCUUGUUAUGCCAAAACAAUGUGGCGACAAAACCUGAAGACACAUGGCGUUGACGACAAAAAUCUGUUUGCUCGCCUCCUCGCAAAGGGGUUUAGUGUUGUGAUAAAUGGAACCUUACGGAACACCUUCAGGAACACACGGAGUGCUGAGGAACAGUCGGAGAUAUUAAAAGACUACUAUGAAUGUUUCACUCAAAAACUGGCAUUGGCGAACCCAGAGACUUUCCAGAGUGAACUUUUUGUCAGCAGACUUGUUGCGCAGAAGUUAAAAUAGUUUCUUUGCUUUACUCGUGUAUAGCAGACCAACCGAGUCCCCGAUGUCUGCUAUAUACUUCUUUUGUAAUAAAUCAAAUGUGUCAGUGUCCUUUGUGGAAUUUUUGCAUUGUUCUUUCUUCUUUGUGUAGUGAUCUUUUUGCUGAUGUUUUGCAUUUUUUUAUUUUAGCUUUCCUUUAUUUAUGUUUCUGUACAUGGAUAACGCGGUAUUGACAUUUUAUUGUCACUCGAGAAACAAACGAAUUCAAACUUCUUGUUGUUGUUGUUGUUGUUGUUGUUGUUGUUGUUGUUGUUGUUGUUGUUGUUGUUUACUGUCGUCAGGUGCAGCCUGGCCACAGUGUUUUGAAGAAAAAAAGAAAU